AACCGGCAGUGACUUUAUCCUUAUAAACUGACGGCCGACCUCCGCCAUAAGUUUUUCUCAGCUAAACCGACUCCGAAAAGUCAAUGAAGCAUUAGAAGAUCGUUUCCACGGCACUUUCCCUUGUGAUUUUCAUAUCUCCAGCAGCUUAAAACGUUUUAGGGUUAAAGAGUUAACAGACCGAUGUAGAGUUUGUACCCAUCUUCAGUUUACAUCGUUUGAUUAUGGUUUGUUUCCAUAUAAUUAAAUGGAAAGUUUCGAUUUUUAAGCUUCAAGAUCUAUAAAGUUGUCAGCUUUUUGAGACUUUAAGUGUCUAGCAAAAAUGAGCCGACCACAUGAUCCACCACGAGGUUUCUUCCCAUUUGGGAACCCCUUUCGGUUGCUAUCACCAAAGAGCUCAGCUUUAUCCCCCUGGCUGCUCUCUCUACUCACCGGCUUUGAGUUGCUUUUAGCAGAGAGGCUAAAGAAACUCAUCCCCAAGAACAAAGACGACAUCCUCACUCUAUCAUGGAUGAAGCUAGCUAUGGAGUCCCUCUGCGAGACUCAUAAGAACAUCAACACACUCAUCACUGACCUCCACCUUCCCGUCUCUGAUUGGGAAGAGAAAUGGGUUGAUGUUUAUCUAGAUAUAAGCGUCAAGUUGCUAGACCUCUGCAACGCCUUUAGCUCGGAGCUCACAAGACUCAACCAGGGAGAUCUCUACCUCAAAUGUGUUCUUCACAGUUUACAGUCUGGUUCCGGGGAGAAGAAGUAUCUUCAAUCUCGGUCUUCUCUUGAUAGCUGGAGGCAACAUGUGAACGCAAACAACGCUAGGAUUGAAACCUGCCGUGAGGUGCUAGACUGUCUUGCUAAGUCUCUGACCUUGCCUAGAGUCAAGAGCUCGGCGAAAGGGAAGGUUCUUAUGAGGGCUUUCUACGGUGUGAAGGUUCAAACGGUUUAUAUCUGCAGCGUAUUCACCGCGGCCUGGUCUGAUUCCACUAAUGAUCUUUUUGACUUACAUGUCUCUGAGAAGCCGUUGUGGGCAAAGGUCUUCACUGAUAUGCAGGGCGUUGUGAACGGUGAGAUCAGAGACUUGUUGUCUUCAGGUAGAAGUACGAUUCUCAAAGAGCUGGAGAGGGUUGAUGCUAGUGUGGAGAAGCUGUACCCGAUGAUUCAAGAUGGUGUUGAUGAUCCUGUGGAAGUUGAGACUUUUAAGGACUGUGUGAUGGAGUUGGGGAUACAAGCUGAGAAACUGUCUCAGGGUUUGGAUCAGUUACUAGAGGAAGUUGAGAGUUUCUUCAAAAUGAUUUUAAGUGGACGAGAUGUGUUGCUUUGUAAUCUUAGGUCAAGUGACUUAAUCUCUGGCAAUGUAUUUGGAGAAUAUGUAGGUUAAGGUAAAACCACAAGUUUAGGCCUUAAGGCAGGUUUAGGUUACUGAAAGUGUUUUUUUUUAUUUUUUUGUCUGCUCUAGUCCAUCUGUUGAGCUUGUCUCUUUGGUUUCAAGUGUGUUAGCCUUGUCUGUAUUGAUUGAACUCAGUUCUGCAGUAUAAUACAAAUAUAUGGUUUGAAAAA